AUGGAUGGGGCCUUCAAACCUCUUACUUGGCACCCUUCUUCUGAUUAUAACGAAAGCUUCCCCUGGCAUCCUCGAAUCAUGAUGCAAGAAAGCUUUAUCGCUGGCGACAAACGUGGAUGGCACGGAGGUGCCAUGGGCAACAUAACCAGAGUUCAACCCAGCACGACCCCAGAAGGAACUCCACCCAGGGAUCUCGCGAAGUCAUCAGUUACUGCCACGAGUGGAUCAGCUGGAUUCAUUGUCCAAGAUACCAUCGCCCCCGGUGACACAUGUCGAUCGCAGAGAGCUGUUUCUGGCAACGUAGCAAAACAUCAAAUCAGUACCACACCAGAAGCAUCUCCACCAAGAGAUAUCGGGACAUCUACAACGGCCAGAGCUCCCUCGGAUGAUCCAAGGCCACCCAAAAAAGAAAAAUUAGCCAAAGAAGAAGUUCAGGAAUCCGCCCAAGAUACUUGGACCGAGAAUAAGAAGAUGAAGUUGCUGGUGCUCAUCCUUAAAGAGCAAACCUACGGAUUCCCGACCAAGAAGACCAGUGAGAACCUUCCAAUUGAGGGCUGGACUAACGUAGCCGACCAGAUGAAGAAGCACUUUGGUACCAACUUCCGCCUGAAUUCUUUGAAAGACCAACUUAAUAAAAUUCGUAAAACAUACGUUGAUCUCAACUUUUUGCGCAAACAAUCCGGAUUUCAAUGGGAUGAACAAAAGUAUAUGAUUAUUGCAAAUGAUACCUCGUGGGAGAAGCUUUUGAAGACAAGAUCCAAGAAGAAGUAUUCGCAACUCCGGCAAACACCGUUUGAAUGGUACACCCUCGCUGAGCAGGUCUUCUGGGAAGAAUAUGAAGCCACAAAACCUCUUUGUGUUGGUGAAUCGAGUCAUCAAGCGGUUUUGCCAGAUGAAGGCAACAAUAGCAUGCGAAUUACUCCCUCAUCUGAAGGCACACGAGUGGAGAAUGAACUGGAACAACCCGAAUACAGUCCCAGGAAUGAUAAUGCGGAUGUUGGAGCACUUGCUGGUGCGGAACCAGAGCGUGCCAGGAUCCAAACCCAACCACCAUUUCUUCACGCAGCAGAGGAAGCAUCCAAUCCGACCCUUCGAGCAAUCACCCUGAUGGCUCCGAUGUUUCUGCAUCAAGUGAGCACCGUGGAAUACGCCAAGUUCGUCGAAGUCGUAGAGACUGAGAACAAUGCCAAGGUCUUUUUAUGUCUUCUCUCGACCACUAAUUCCGACACUUGCAAGGCCUGGCUGAUCCGCAAGUCCUCCAAGCUAUAG